GGAAGGGCGAACAGGGCCCCACUUUUCUGAUGGCUUUGGGGCGCCCCUGGUUGGAAGUCAUGCGCGUGAGGCUGUGCUGUCCACCCGAGGCUUUUCUACGUGGUCCCUUUGGGGCAGAGGGUGUCACAGUCCUGGGGCACCUCAGGGCCCGGAGCAGGAACCUGGACCAGCCACAGCCCCACACAGCAAGCCCUGCCUAGAAGGGCUCCGGACUCACAGCCAACCCUGAUGCCACACCCUGCGGGGGUGGGAGGGACCAGAAACUGCCGGCCAUGUUCGCCUCUGCCAGGCACAGAGGAGCCAACGGGGAGGGGCCCAGCCUUGUCGUGGGGGUCACAGCCUUGCUCCUGCUGCCCCACGGGGUGGCGGGCCCCACGUGCAGAGUGGGGCCUUGCCAGGCUGGGCUCACCUGCUGCUGAGACCAGCAUGAGGCGGGUGGCACGGUCAGUGAGGGUUUCGUGGAGCCGAGGAGAGAUUUCCUGUGAGCAUUUCAAAGCCGAAGGCGGCAGAGCUGUCCGAGGGGCUUGCGGAAUGGCUGCUGCCUCCUCCUGUGUGGGGGCCACACCAGGUCAGAGUGGAGAGCCUGGGCCUAGUGGAGAAACUGAGGCUGAGAGAGUGGCAUAGCCAGGUUACGCCUGCCGGGGCCUAAACUCACGACCAGCGCGGACGGGGACUUCGCCGUCACCCACCUGACUAAGGCCCACCUGUUCCACGACGGGCGGGUGCAGUGGACGCCGCCUGCCAUCUACAAGAGCUCCUGCAGCAUCGACGUCACCUCCUUCCCCUUCGACCAGCAGAACUGCACCAUGAAGUUUGGGUCCUGGACCUACGACAAGGCCAAGGUCGACCUGGUGAGCAUGCACAGCCACGUGGACCGGCUGGGCUUCUGGGAGAGCGGCGAGUGGGUCCUCGUGGACGCCGUGGGCACCUACAACACCAGGAAGUACGCGUGCUGCGCUGAGGUGUACCCCGACAUCACCUACGCCUUCAUCAUCCGGCGCCUGCCGCUCUUCUACGCCGUCAACCUCCUCGUCCCCUGCCUGCUGCUCUCCUGCCUCACGGUGCUGGUCUUCUACCUGCCCUCCCAGUGCGGCGAGAAGGUCACGCUGUGCAUCUCUGUGCUGCUGUCGCUCACCGUCUUCCUGCUGCUCAUCACCGAGAUAAUCCCCUCCACCUCCCUGGUCAUCCCGCUCAUCGGCGAGUACCUGCUGUUCACCAUGAUCUUCGUCACGCUUUCCAUCAUCAUCGCCGUCUUCGUGCUCAACGUGCACCACCGCUCCCCGCGCACCCACUCCAUGCCUGCCUGGGUGCGCCGCGUCUUCCUGGACAUCGUGCCGCGGCUGCUCCUCAUGGAGCGGCCGCCCGUGACCAAGGGCAACUGCCGGCGGCUCAUCGAAUCCAUGCACAGGAUGGCCAGUGCCCCUCGCUUCUGGCCGGAGCCUGAGGAGGAGCCCAACUUCAUGAGCAAAGUCCAGAGCCAGGGCCCCUCGCCCACCCCGUCCUGUGCUCCCCUGGAUGCGCCAGGCAAGCCCCAGCCGGCCUGCACGUUGCCCUCAGACCAGGUGCCCACUCUGCAGCCAGCAGAGGCCGAGGAAGCCAGCCCCGGCCCGUCGCCCAGCCCCUGCCGCCCAACCACCAGCACCUGGGACCCGGGCCUUGCCAAAGCCCGGUCUCUGAGCACCCAGCACAUGUCCAGCCCCAACAAAGCACUGGAGGGCGGCAUCCGGUGCCGGUCUCAAAGCAUCCGGUACUGCGUUCCUCAAGACGAGGCCGCCUCACAGGCCAGCGGCCCUGUGGCCAGCUCCCCUCCCUCCUUGCAGGCUCCCUGGACUGAGCUCCCACCUGCAGACCAGGCCUCUCCCUGCAAAUGUAAGUGCAAGGAGCUGUCCACAGGGUCCUCAAACACAGCAUUCCAAGCCCUCACCACCAAAGCACCGCCCCGCCGCCCGCCCCUGCCGCCCGCCCUGCCGCCAGCCCUGACGCGGGCUGCCGAGGGUGUCCAGCACAUUGCAGCCCACCUGAAGGCGGAAGACACCGACUUCUCGGUGAAGGAGGACUGGAAGUACGUGGCCAUGGUCAUUGACCGCCUCUUCCUCUGGGUGUUCGUCAUCGCCUGCCUGCUGGGGACCGCCGGCCUCUUCCUGCCGCCCUGGCUGGCCGGCAUGAUCUAGGGGCCAAAGCACUGUACGGAGCAGAGAAUGUACGGGGCCACGCCACCUGCCCGAUUGUCCCCCACCUUCCGUCUGCUGCCUCCUGGGGAAGCCGGUGUGGCUCCGGCGGCUGGGACCUGCCCAGGAGGCAGCCCGCUGAGAAAGGCUUGUUCUCACUGCAGGUGGCAUCGCCGCCUGAGCCACACUGAAGUGCACCCCGAGCACGGCUGCUCUCUCCUCACAGGUCCCAGCCAUCCCCACGUCCUGGGGCCAAGCCCUCAGCCCCUCUCAGCCCCUGUCCCCUCCCUGUGGGAUCCCGAGGCCCCUGCCUGUCCAUCCCCGAGCGUGGGGACACCACCCCUACCCUUGGUCCUCGGGCCUGCUCUCUUUGACCCCACAGAGGCCAGUCACAACAUGCGAGUCUCACUUGCCGGGUGGGCCUAAGCAGGGGUUUUAUUUUAUUUUAUUUUUAAAAUAUAUUUUUAUUGAUUUCAGAGAGGAAGGUAGAGGGAGAGACAGAAACAUCAAUGAUGAGAGAGAAUCAUUAACUGGCUGCCUCCUGCAUGCCCCCCA